AUGUCGUGGCGGGGAUAUCAGAACAGCGUGAAUGGCAGCGGGAGCGGCAGCGGCGGCGGAUGGAACGGAUCGGCUAUUCCUCCACCUUCGUUUAAUCCGUCCGCGCCUCCGGCUGAUACAUCUGCGCCGGUGUGCUAUAGCUUCCUCUCCCCCGCCGGAUGCCGAUUCGGCCACCGCUGCCGUUUCUCCCACUCCGCGCCUCCCCAAUCCCUCCCCGCAUUUCCGCCUACCCACUCCGCGUUCCCCCCUUCUCACUCCGCGCUUCCCCAAUCCACCUCCGCGUUUCCCCCAACCCACUCCGCGCUUCCCCACUCCCUCUCCGCUUUCCCCCCUUCUCACUCCGCGCUUCCCCAACCCCCUUUCGCGUUUCUCCCUAACCACUCCGCGCUUCCCCAAUCCAUCUCCGCGGGGGCGCAUAGAGAGGGGCAAGCAGGUGCAGGGGGCGCGUGUGUGAGAGUGAGUGUGAUGAGCUACAAUGUGUUGGCGUCCUGCCAUGCUGCCAAGUUCGCCCGUGAGCUCUAUCCUGGAGUGCCCAAAGGCGUGCUGCAUUGGAGCCAGAGGAGGCACGGCAUCGUGAAGGAGAUCAAGCAGCACUCGCCUGAUCUCAUAUGCCUGCAGGAGGUGGACAACCAUGCAGAUCUAUGUGGAGCACUUAACAAGCUGGGCUAUGACAGCAUCUUCCAGUGUCGCACGGGAGGCAACAAGGACGGCUGCGCUAAUUUCUGGAAUACCAAGAGGUGUGUCCCACCCCACGUGUGUCCCAUGCCAGGUGGGUCCCACCCCACGUGUGUCCCAUGCCAGGUGUGUCCCACCCCACGUGUGUUCCAUGCCAGGUGUGUCCCACCCCACGUGUGUCCCAUCCCCUUCAUCUGUGUCCUCUCCCUUCAUACUGCAGGUGGUAGUGUGUUGAUUUUCAAUCUAUUGACUUUGCUUUGGUGGUCCUGUGUUGACUUUCAGUCCAUCGAGUUUGCAGCUGUGGGCCUGAGAGACAAUGUUGCCCUUCUCACCGUGCUCAAGUUUAUUGGAGAAAACAAGGAAGGGGAAGGAGUCGAGGAACUGGAAGAAGGAGAAGAGAGGGAUGAAGAGAAUAGCAGUUGUCUCGUCCUUGCCAGCAUUCACGUGCUCUUCAACCCCAAGCGAGGAGACAUUACACCUCUCAUCUGUCUCGUCCUCGCCAAUAUUCACGUGCUCUUCAACCCGAAGCGAGGAGACAUCAAGCUGGCCCAGAUGUCCCGGCUCCUGUCUGCCGCCCAUCAGCUGUCCGAGAAGCACGGGAGCUGCCCGGUCGUGGUGUGCGGGGAUUUCAACGCCACCCCUGCAGUGAGUAUGGUAUCAGGGCAGCUGGAGGGAGGGGAGGGGCAGCAGCAAGUUCGGUUCCAAUCGGCUUCCCACUUGAAUCAGCACUGGUCGACAGAGCAAUCCGGUGCUUCUGAGACCACCACCAGUGCCACCACCGCCACCACCACCAGUACCACCACCGCCACCACCACCGCUGCUACCACCAUCAGCAGCAUCACAGCAGAGGGAUCGGCCAAUGGCGGGUUGACAUCUGGCAGUUUUGUUUCCAUCUCAGAGGCGAAACGGCAGAGAGUGGCUGUCAAUGAGAACGGGCAGGAGGGGAUGGGGGCAUUGGGCAACGAUGGCAGUGGGUGGGGGGGCAGCACUUUUGCUCUGGCGAGCGGAGGAUUAGGAUGGGGAGGGAUGGGAGGGAUGGGAGGAGUGGGAGGGAUGGGACGGAUGGGAAGAAUGGGGGGAUGGUCCUUUGAGGAGCUAAGGAUUGCAACAGGGAGUGAUGGAGUGGACACUGUUGUGAAACACCCUCUGAAACUCAAGAGCGCGUAUUCACAAGCACCGGGAGUGUUGGAUGUGCUCCUUGCGUUCCACCCACACCCCACCUUAAGACCAAUCAACCACAAUUCCUUGCACCCCUCUUCACCCCUACUCGGCCCUCUUCACCCCUCUUCGCCCCUCUUCGCCCCUCUUCACCCCUCCACCCCUCGUCACCCCUCAUAA